UCACGCAACGCGCGAGCCGGGCCGGGCUCUGACGCCUCAUCAGGCUACCUCGAAGCCCCGCCUCCCUGCCGCGCUGGGGGGGGGUGGGGGGAAGCCGAGGUGGCCACGCCCCCAUCUCAGCGCUACAGCCGCUCGCGGCGGACUCGGCCCGGGCCGUCAGCGGGGAGGGGCUCGGCUGGGGCAGGUACAACAAUGGAUCUAGUCCUGAACUAUGUAGAUUACAACUUUUUUACACCAUAUGUGUAUCCAACCACAUGGCCUGAGGAUGAGCCCUUUCGACAGAUCACCAGUCUCCUUAUUGUAACAAAUCUUGGUGCACUUGUGCUUUAUUUGCUGUUUGGAACUUUGAGCUACUACUUGGUUUUUGAUCACUCUCUGAAGCAACACCCCCAGUUUCUAGAGAAUCAGGUGCAGCUCGAGAUAAAAUAUGCUCUGCAGUCACUGCCCUGGAUCAGCAUCCCCACAGUUGCACUCUUCUUUGCAGAGGUCAGAGGUUACAGCAGGCUUUAUGACAACAUUGAAGACUCUCCAUAUGGAUGGUUUGGUGUAAUCCUUAGCAUGCUCUCUUUCCUUUUCUUCACCGACAUGUGCAUUUACUGGAUUCACAGGUUCCUCCAUCAUAAACUUGUGUACAAGCGUCUGCACAAGCCCCAUCACCGCUGGAAGGUUGCUACGCCAUUUGCAAGUCACGCCUUCCACCCUGUGGAUGGCUUCCUGCAGAGUAUUCCAUAUCACAUCUAUCCUUUCCUCUUUCCUUUGCACAAAGUGACCUAUUUGGGUCUCUACAUUGCUGUCAAUGUCUGGACAAUCUCUAUUCAUGAUGGCGAUUACCGCGUGCCGGAUUUCUUGAAACACAUUAUCAAUGGCUCUGCCCAUCACACCGAUCAUCACUUGUAUUUUGAUUACAACUACGGUCAGUAUUUCACACUCUGGGAUAAAAUUGGGGGCUCCUACAAAAGCCCCUCAUCCUUUGAAGGGAAAGGGCCACAUGAUUAUUUGAAAAAGCUAAAGAGCGGAGAAUUGGCCAGUAUUAAAAAUGGCCAUGUGGAUGAAGAAUUGGUGAAUAGAGACAGUCUAAAGAAUAAAUAAAUUUUCCUCAAGCUAUUGUAAAAAGGCCCUGACUUCUACAGUUUUUUAAAAGGAAAAAACUACUUAUAAAGAGCCCUUCCCCUAUUAUAGCAUUCUUGGGAUGCAAGCAUUUUAGGUGCUUAGUAGGGUGGUUAUGGUGGAGCUGUGUAGUUAAGUACCCCAAUACAGUCCCAUAAUGGGGGCCAUGUAUGGUGAGAGUGAAAAACAUAAGACCUAUGUAAUGUCUAAUGUUGAUGCAAUAAUGAAAAGAUUUUUCUGCAGCACUUAAUGCACAUGUCAGAGCAUUGAAAUUGGGAGUGCAUUUUCUAGUAUAGGCUCUAAUGUAUUAAGUCUGCAUUUCAAUUCUGCCAUAACAGCAAUAACAGAAGAUCUUUUUGCCCUGCUCAAAAGCUUUCUCCUGGAAGUACAUUGUUUCAGAUAGUAAGUGAUCUCUGCACAGUGAUAGCUUACUAGGAAUUUUGCUAAUUGAGCCAGGAUGCUGUAGGUGGCGCUAUACAGAAAUUUCACUAUUGGCUCAGUGUACGUCAAAGGAAAAUUGAUCGAAUAAAGGAAGACGUGUGCGUCAAUGUAAGUUAAUGCUUUGCAUAUGGAAUGUGUGACUAUACUUUUCUGCAUGCACAUACCUCCAGCUUAAUAAAAGAGGGAACACACAUUUUCCCAAUUACUUAUCCAGCAACUUUUAUAUAUUAGCUUAGCAUUAAAAUAGAAACCAACUGAAUCAAAACAGAGCUAAUGUUCUGGCAGAAAUCUUGUGUAUCUUAAAAUAGGAGGAAGAUAGACCAGCCCUACCAUUUUUUAAAUAAAAUCUUACACUGUUUAUAUAAACUACAUGUCAAAUUGUUUGAAUGGAUCUAUCAAUGCUAUUGCAUUGUCAACUGGAACAUUUUUUCCACCUGCCCACAUUUAUAUUGCCUUAUACUUGGGCUUAAUGAAUUUGAAAGCAUGAGCUCCCAUCUCUAAUGGUUAAUAGAAGGUCUUUGAACAACAUGACAACAGCAUAAGUUUUUGCAUGUUGUAUAUAUUUUUAGCACUGAUAUAAUAGCGUUUGCUACAAAUAAAGUAAUUGUAUUCUAUAUUGUCAAUUUUCCCAAUCAAAUCAUGCAGAAUGACUGCCCAAAGUAACUGUAGGAACAUAGACUGUUGUAAUUCCAAGAAGCUUUCAGUAUUUUUCAAACAGGGUAAUUUCUCCCACUUUAGAUUUAUAGCAUCAGGAAUUCUGUCCUUGAGGAAAUUCUUCUCAAUCUGAGUUUUUUGUAGUCUUUUGACAAAUGUAUUUAUAAUUCCUGUUGAAAUCCUACAGUAAUACUGUACCUUUUGAAGGAAGGAAAACUUUUUAAGUUUGGCCACUGUUUUCAGAAGUGGGGAAAUACUUGCAGAUGUCUUAACAUUCACUUCACAUCAGUUUGGGAAAGCUACCAGGUGACUUAUUGGCUUUCUAUUUGCUGCUUUUUUCUUUUCUCCCUGUUAGCAUCUGACUUAAGAGUAAUCAAUCAAAAAUAUUUUUAUUGUGCAGACAUGCACUACACUAAAUCUCACAGCUUUGAUGUAGAACAGGUGUGCUAAGAAUUUUGAAGACGGUUCUGUUUUACAGUAUUCUAACAGCCUAGUUAGUUUAAAUCUUAGGUUUUUCUUAUCAGCUAUAGAGACCAGUUCUUUUAAAAACUGCUUACAAGAGAUUAAAGCUUUGCUGGGUCUAAUACAGUUUACCUAGCAUUACAAAAUUACCUAACAUGAGGAGAGAGCUGAAGAGGAAUGGUGUGUAGGGUUUUUUCCUGCCCCCCUCCUUCAGGAAGCAAGGAUCCCCUGGUGUAUAGUAGUAUAAUCUGGUUUUUUAAAUCUUGCAUGGCAGUAAGUUCCCUUACAAUUUAUCUGUGGUGAAAUAGUUUGAAUGGGGAGCUGGGUAGAACUGGCCUUGCAGGCAGAGAAGCUGUGUAGGAAAACACUGAAACUUGCAUGAUAAAAAGAGGACCAUUGUAGAGAAGGUUGGCUGCUGAGCCCUAACCACUUAGCAGCCUCAUCCCCUCUGAAGGUUGUUGAGAAUGGAACAGAGCAACCAAUUGGUAGAGGUUUCAGCCCCACCGGGCUCUUUCCCCUUCCCCAGACUCGCUGGAGCAAAAUGACCUGCCCUGUGUUGCUAAGGUCUUAAAUAGCUCCAUUAGCCAGGGGAACUGCAUACUGGAUUCUGAUUUAUGCUGCUCUGAAAUAGUUGUACCUGUGCCCUGGAGUUCUUGUCCCAGCUUUUUCAGUGGGUGCUUCUGAAGCCUGGUGCUGGCUAAGCAGGACUCUGGCUGGCCUGUACAGGGGUAGGUUACGGGCAUGCACCAAAGCUGUUGCUCCUGCUCUACUUCUGAGCACUUGGUUCCUGGGAGAAUUGGGCAACAUGAGGUUUUGGUUUGUGAAGUUCAUUAAAUACCUCUCCUGAAGUCCUGUGGGGCCUUAUUCUGCUCUUGUGUCCCCAACUCACUGUAAGGUAGGCAGGAGGGGGCUUAAAACAUGUGUGGUUUUUUGUUUUGAAAAAUCUAGGUAUGAUCAUGAAGAACCUUUCCCCCCUACAGGGUAAGUUCAGUUCCUACUGUAAGUUCUAUUCAAAAAGCACUUCUAAAAUACAAAUCAGAAGUGCAAAUAUUAAUACAGACAGAAUAGCAAAGUCCCCCAAUGAAAACCAAAUGCCUGUUAUAAUUCCUUAAAUGGAGAACAAAAUAAUGCAGUUAGGGCUUGGUUUUUCAGGGAUGCUGAACAUCUGCAGUUCCCACUGACUUCACCUGAAAGUCAGUCCCCUGCUCUGUUCAUAAAUUAGUUAGAGAAAUGCUAAUGCAUAGAGUGGUUAGAUAUCAGCAAUUAGAACAGUGAACACAUAGAAGAAAUGGAUCAUCAGAGUAGGAAAAAGGUGGCCUUCCUUAUGAGAAGGCUGUUUGGACAGUGUGAGCUUGUUCACCAAAUGCUAUGCACUGUUGGCUGUAGUAGCAUGACCAAUAUAUUAUCCAUAAAUUAAAUAUUCUAAAUAGUUGAAGAGCACUGGGUGAGGAAGGGAAGCAGGCAUGUAAGUUGAGAUGGUAAGAGCAGUUUAGAUGGAUAGAUGUGUUCCUCUCCAUGCAAUUAUGUUAACUGCAAAGAAAGGAGAAAUCUUUAGUGCACCAGUUCCCAACCUCUUAGCGCAACGCUACCUGGUUUGUUGGACUACAUCUGUGACCCCUUCCUUCCAAGGGGUGCCCAAGCUGCACAGGGAGUUGAAGCAUGUGUGACUUGACUAAGACGUCUAGAACUCACAAGCCCAUAUUCAAGCAGAGAUGGGUGAGUGUUGGAUACCAGUUGGUGGGAACCUCCGUCUUAGUGUUCUCCGGUUCAGAUUUGGCAAGGCAGGGUGUGGGUACAGGUUCGUCAGCCGUUUCCAACUUUAGAAACUUCUGCACAAAGCGUACUUUAGCCACUGGGAGGGACUGGCAGGCAGAAGUGUGAUGCAUGCACAGCAGUGUUCCAACAGAAUGUCUCUGGUUCAUACUGUAAACAAGUGAAGCGGCUUGCACAGACCUUUACCCUCCUGAAAACAAGCCAUGGCGCACAGGCAGAAGAGUUCAUAGUAUGUUUGUGUAAAUAAAUGAAGUUACUGUAUGAAGGUUGUGUUGAAAGGAGUUGUUGCAGACCAGUGUGUGUUGGUCUUUAAUGCUAAUGUUUUCUGAACAAGUAAUAAAAGUCUGCAUUUUAAAUGAA